GUCUUUUCGUCUCAUUGUAGAAAGCUGCAGGAGCGGCACGUCAAAACGUCUCACUGUUUUCCCCGCCAUCGCCACUUUCACUUUAACUAGGUAGUCUCAGUUUGCAUCUGGCCUGCCCUGACUUUCAAUCAGGGUCUGCUGUUACUGCUAGAGGACAUACACGCACACAGAAGCUGCACAGCCUGCUGCACCGGCCCCCUUCACGCUCAACCCCUGCGCUAUGAGCAGAGGUAGAGGAGGGCCUUCCAGAGAACACUACCACAGACAUCCACCACCCCAUUUCCAGGUCAAGGAGAAUUACUACAGAUCUGGCCCAGGCCCAUUCUUACCAAGAGCUGGCCCACAGCUGAGCCAAUAUCCAAAUUACUAUGACAGCCUCACCCAUCCUGUAGUGCCCAUACAGCUCCCAACCCCUUCAUUCCCCUCUGCUCCACCUGCACCAAGCCACAGUAAAGUGGCCCCUAACCCCUCACACAAUCAGAAUCACAGUCCCAGUCCUGCUCCUAAUUCCUUUCAGUACCAACAGGUGCAGUUCCUCAGAGGACAGAGCUCUGAGGCUCCACAGUUCAGAGCCAGUCCGCGAGGGGGUGGAGGGGGAGUUGUACCUGGCAGGCCGCCUGGUUUCUCAUACCAGCCCCAGUCAGGGUACAGUAGGUAUUCAAACCCCAACAGCAGCCCUAAGGGUAGAGGGGCUUAUAGCCAGGACCAGAGUUUUGCACGCCCACCUGGUGUAGGACCCCCGCAAGGCACCCCAGGCCCUCGACAUCUGAAUCAAAACCAGUUACAAAGUAAAAACUACAGCCAUUAUUCCAGCCGACAAUGGGGUGUCCAAACUGACUCUGUGUGUGACAGUUUUCAGAACUUGUCCCUUCGAGACAGGCCCAACAGAGGAGGAGACAGGUUUGACAGACAUUCUGCAUCCAGCAGAUCAGGGAAUUUUAACUUUAGUAAAGUGAACAUCACACUCACUCCUGACAUCCAGGGCCAGGUACACAGGGCUCUUUCUACUUUGAGACCAAGUGAGAGCAUUUCUGCAAAAUUGUUGGCUAAAAAGCUGCAUCUGCCCAAAAAGAUAGUCAACAAGGCUCUCUACGCUUUAGAACGCUCACAGGAAGCCUCCAAGCACGGACUCCAACCUCCUGAGUGGACUCUGUACAGAGAACCUCUCAGAGGUGAGGAAAAUCAAAACUCUGCAGUACAAAGUCCAGCUUCCCAUCUGUGUGUCAGUUCAGAACAACCUCAAAACCCUGAAGCCAAGGUUGAGCUAAAAACAGAAACAGCAGAAAACAGGGGACAAGUUAAAGAAGAAGACGACUCUGACACAGAUUCCAGUGGUUCUUACUGCUCCUCUUCAGAGUCAUCUGACUCUGAAGGAUCCCAGUCACCAGCAAAAGGUCAGCACCAGGAGGAACAGCAUCCCAGCACGACCAGUUCCCCUGACCAGGAACUUAAGCUUCCUACAAUGACAGACCAAAAGGAACAAAUUCUACGGUACCUCCUGGAUUCAGGAGAGGCAAAUGCUCUUAUCAUAGCCAAAAAUGUGGGUCUUAGGAGUGCCAAACAGGUCAACCCCACCCUCUAUGCCCUGGAGAAGCAAGGUGAAGUCAUUAAAAAUAGUGAAGUCAACCCUCCCACCUGGGAGCUCUCCAACCACCGAAGAGAGAUGAUGGAGAGGAGCCUCAAAGCCUCACAGAGCACAUCAGCUGUGGGGAGCCAGACAGGGGUAGCCACUAGAGAUGAGAAGGGAGGUGGGUCCGUGUUCCUGCCGUCACCACCACUACCACCACUACCAGGCCUUGAGCCACUGCCAUUUAAGGAGAGUUGGAUGCCAGAGCAAAGUCAUAGUGAAAAGUCUCAUUCCACCGUCAAACCCCCCUCCUUUACUUCGAAACAAGAAGAAGAGACCAGUGAAGGACAGUGGGCUACUGACGAUAUCCCAGAAUUCCUAAAUGCCAUUCGCAGAGAGACAGAUGCUGAGAGACUUGUAGCUGCAGAGCAUAACAAUGCCAUUGGAACUGUUGCUGUAUCGCUGGCUGCCCCGCCUUCCCAGAACCUAUGGGCAAAAUUACAGGAGGUGAGGCUGAAGAACCCUGUGAGUGGUCUCAUGGAGUAUGCCCAGUAUCUGGGCCAGAACUGUGAGUUCUUGCUCCUCGACCAGUCGGGACCCUCUCACGACCCAAGAUUCCGUAUGCAGGUGAUGCUCAACGGGAGACUUUUUCCUGUUGCAGAGGCUUCCAGCAAGAAGGUUGCAAAGAAGGACGCUGCUGCAGCCACCCUACGCAUUCUUAUUGGAGAGAUGCAGGGAGGUGCGAGCACAGGGGACGAGGGAAAUACUGCCUGUAUGGACCAAGUGAUGGAUAUCAUCACAGAAAGCAGUGGGGCAGCUGAAGGCAUGGGGGAAAUUUUUGGGACAAGUAGUGUGGAAGGGAUGGGGAUGGCAGAGGGACCUCGCCAGCCACUGUCCCGGUCUCUGCCUGGUGGGAAGAAUCCAGUGUCUGUCCUUAUGGAGUACAGUCAGCGCAGUGGGAACCCCAUCGAAUUCAUCAUCACGGGCCAAGCAGGCCCACCACAUGACCCAAGGUUUAUGUACCGGGUGAAGGUUGGAGAAAGUUUGUUCGCAGAGGCCUCAGCUCCAAGCAAGAAGGCAGCCCGCCAGCUGGCAGCAGAGGAAGCUGUCAAAGAAUUAAUGGCUGAUGGGAAACUGCAGCUCAACAAGCCCCAGUUGCCCCUGGGCUCUUCCAGUGAUAGCGAUGCUGCUGGUUCUGGGACUACAUGCCCCUCUUUGCCCCCACUGACAGCAGAUGAGUUGCGAGCAGCCCAUGAGGCAGGAGUUGGGGACCUUAUCAACCACCUAAACAACAACGCAGUAUCGGGUCUGCUGGAGUAUGCCAGAGCUCGGGGCUUUGCUGCUGAGAUCCGCCUGGUGGGCCAGUCUGGGCCACCACAUGAGCCUAAAUUCACCUACCAGGCCAAACUGGGUGGACGCUGGUUCCCUCCAGUCUGUGCGUCGAACAAAAAACAGGGGAAGCAAGAAGCUGCAGAUGCAGCUUUACGGGUUCUCAUUGGGGAGGCUGAGAGGGCGGCCCGUACUGGGGAGCUUAUUCCAGCAGAGCUUCCAGUGAGUGGCAGCACCUUGCAUGACCAGAUAGCAAUGUUGAGUCACCAGCGUUUCAAUGCCCUGACAACUCGUAUCCAGCACAGUCUUCUGGGACGCAAGAUCCUGGCCACCAUCAUCAUGAGGAGGGGGGAGGGCCUGGGGACUGUUGUCAGCCUGGGAACUGGGAAUCGCUGUGUUAAAGGGGAGGAGCUGAGCCUUAAAGGGGACACUGUUAAUGAUUGCCAUGCUGAAAUCAUCUCCAGAAGAGGAUUUGUUCGGUUUCUGUACAGUGAGCUCCUCAAGCACUAUGAUGGUGCAGAAGACAGUAUAUUUGAGCCAGCUGAAAAAAACAAACUGCGGAUCAAAGCUGACAUCACCUUUCACCUUUACAUCAGCACGGCACCAUGCGGUGAUGGUGCUCUGUUUGAUAAGUCAUGCAGUGAGACAGGGGAUGAAGUGGAGGGCCACCAGCCUCUGUUUGAGAAUGCUAAGCAGGGAAAGCUCCGCACCAAAGUAGAGAACGGCGAGGGCACCAUACCAGUGGAGUCGAGUGCAAUUGUUCCCACCUGGGAUGGCAUCCAGCACGGCGAGAGGCUGCGAACCAUGAGCUGUAGUGAUAAGAUCCUUCGCUGGAAUGUGUUGGGCCUGCAGGGGGCACUCCUCACUCAUUUCUUGCAUCCCAUCUACCUGAAGUCCAUCACGCUUGGCUAUCUGUACAGCCACGGUCAUCUGACACGUGCUGUUUGCUGUCGGCUGGCCAGAGACGGUGAAGCAUUCUCCCAAAGUCUCCCUGCCCCCUUUAUGCUAAACCACCCUGAGGUGGGCAGGGUGAGUGUGUACGACUCCACGCGUCACACGGGCAAGACCAAGGAAUCCAGUGUGAACUGGAGCUUUCCAGACCAGCACAGUGUAGAGGUGCUUGAUGGGACCAAAGGCAAACUGGAUGGGAACAAACUGGCCGUGUCCCGCGUGUCCAAGUCCAACCUAUUUGGUCUGUUCCACUCUCUGUGCCAGCGAUGCGGCCGCACUGACCUCCUCUCCCUGCCUUCCUACGCUCAGGCCAAGAUGUCUGCCAUGUCCUUCCAGCUAGCCAAGCAACAAUUCUUCCGAGCACUCAGUGUCCACGGUUACGGAGCCUGGAUCGGCAAACCACUGGAAGAAAAGAGCUUUGAGGAAGGGGAAGGAACAGGCAGCAAUGGAGCAAGUUUCCCCGUGGGAUACGGCAGUAGUAGAAACGGAGGCACUGUGGAGUACAAGCAAGAUGAGGCUUAGGGUGGUACGAGGUGCAUUAUCAAGAUGGUAAUAUAAAUGCAGAAUAUGCAGAGGGAGAUAAGCACAAGGCAGGGACAGAUCGAAAGGGUCAAUGUGAAGAAAGAAAACGGCCACAACUGUAUCUUCUGAUGAAACGUGGUUAAAGGCUGCAGAGGAAGAGUGAUGGAAAGGGACAUUUCAAGUGAGAGGAGGAAGAGAAGGGUGAGUAGAGAGCAAGGACAAGCCUGAAGGAUGAGUGGGGUCAAACAGAACUAGAAGGAGUUUCAGGGGGUGUACAAAGUGAUGUAAACAGUACAUGAUGAAUUAGUAUGCAGUCAGUAAAUCACCAUGGCAAACACUGCUACAAAGUUGGGUUGUAUUAGCUUGUAAGACAAUCACUGUAUUUGUCCGCAUCCUUUAUACUGUUCAUUUCUGUUCUGGCAUACGCUGCCUGUAUUUCAAGAAUGCCACACUUGAAAUGUAAAAUACUUUUAUGCAGGUUCUUUGACUGUUGCACUUGUAUUUUGGACCCAGAUAAUUCAAUCUCUCUAAAAUACUGUUCGGUUUUUCAUGUUGCUGUUAAUUUGCAGUCAACCUAAUAUGACCUGCCAGUGUAGCAGUGUUUGUAAUUAAGUUCUUUUAGAGCUUAAAUCUUCUGUCAUAAAGUGCUUAUAUUUUUGUUCUGCUCUGUGUUCUGCUGCCUGAAAUUACAAGCAGUGAGCAGAAAAAAUGGAACGCUCUCAGCACAAAUCUUGAUUUUUGGAAAUUGCACUCAACCUAGUUAGAUGUCAUGAGUAAUCCUGUAAAUUAGUUGUUGCUCAGUACAGUCCUAGCUUAAAGUGUACAUAAAAAGAACAUCAAUGUCAACUUUUGCUGUGACUAAACAAAUACUCACUCUCCAACAUUUGAGACUUCGGCUUCUAUACCUAUUCUUCUUUCAGGACCCUCUCUGAUUUAAACCAGCUAUGUGAAAUGUAAAGUUUCUGUGCACCCUCAGCCGUCUAUCCAUCCAUCCACCUGUUGUUUCCAUGGUCACCAUUAGAACAGCAUGGGUCAGCGUGUCCCUUUGAUCAGUUCCAUAAUUUCUGUGCUUUUAUAUAGAAUUACUGAUGUCACAAAUACAUUUCUGUUCUGAUUGCUUCUGUAUUUUUUUGAGUAUCUCUCCUUUUUUUCUUCACCUCUGUCAAUAAGGUAAUCAGUAGCUGGCCAUGCUAGAAAGUCCUGGUAAGAAUCACUUGUCCUGCCUGCAUGCUGUUUUUUUACAUCUUGAUGCCACAUUUGUGGCAAAAAGGCUUUCAGGUGCUGAUGCAUGGCCAGGUCCUGAGGACCAUUAGGUGCGGACAGUUUUUGUUGUCUAAGGAGAUUUUUUUUGUGUGUUCUUAAUUUGGUAACAUGUAGAUGAAUGAUGUAAUAUAUACAUCAGGUAUAUACAAAUACAUGAACACACAGAUGUUCAGUGGGGUCCAAAAGCCUGAGUCGAAAAGCAAACUCAAAGCUAUGACAAAAAUAAUUUUUCAGUCUGAAGGUUUUUUGUUGUUGUUUUUUAAAUAUAUUUUAUUCAUGCAGUAAAAGUAAGUAAAUUAAAAUACUUACAAAGUCAGAAUUCCUCAAUAUCUGUGUUCACUGUUUCCAUUAACUGAACAUGCAAGCUGACAGUGUUCUGCAGAAAUGCAUUGUGCACAACAUAGGGCUGCUUUUUAAGAGUUUGAGAAUCCAAGUUCUCUUUAAGAGCAUCUCUGAGUUGCACUGUAAUAUUCCAAAAUGUUACAAUGGACACAUUUUUUUUUGUGUGGUUAAGGUGUCACCACAACGCAGAAAAAACCAUGCCAACUCAAGCACUC